CAGCACAACAAACGCGCGGCGCAGGGCGAAACUUGGGGUCCGGGGAGGCUCCUCCGCGCACGCCAUGUGCCCGUGUCCCCGGCAUCGCGGCCGCGGGCCUCCGGCCGUGUGCGGUUGCGGCGACGCUCGCCCCGGGCUGCGCUGGGCGGCGGCGCAGGUGACCGCGCUGCGGCUGCAGGCGCUGGGCGACGAGCUGCACCGACGCGCCAUGCGGCGCCGCGCGCGGCCCCGGGACCCGCUGCCUGCGCUGCUGCCCGCGCUCCGCGCCCGCUGGCCCUGGCUGUGCGCGGCCGCGCAGGUGGCGGCGCUGGCGGCCUGGCUGCUCGGCAGGCGGAGCGCGUAGGCGGCGCGCGCGGGGCCUUCUUGGUAGGGGGGACCGGAGCCGAGACCCAGCCCGGACCGAGCAACAGGUUGGCGAAACCCUGUGUCCUUGGAGGAAGCUGCUUCCCGUUUUCCUGAGUGGGGGGAGCCCGGAGCUUGGAAGGAAUCGGAGUGGAAAGGCCCACCCAGAGCUGAUGGUGGAAACACGGACUGAGGAAGCCCCUCGGGAAGUCCAGCUGCAGAGAUAGCCACCCCAAUGCUAUUUACAUAUAGCUAUAUAUACAUAUAUACAUACACACAAAAAGAAAAUACAAAAUUCCGUAUCUGUGCAUGCCUGCGGGAGACGUGGUCCCUCCCCUUUCCGCACCUUGCAAUGUGAACUUUGAGACUUUGUAACGUCCAGGGCAGCAGGGGAGAGAGAUGCUUGCUGCUGUGUGGGGGCUGAAAAAACUCACAUGGACUGGUGGGAUCAGCCUCAGCAUGGACCAAGCACCCAGGACAGAUGCUGGCGUGAAGUAGUGAGAGCGCCCGCCAAAGGUGGGAUGGACGAAGACAGGGGGGAUGUGGGGCCCUUUUGGUUGGGGGCAGCCUCCAUUUCUUGACAUGUCCCAUCCUCUCUCUCUCUGUCCCUGUCUAGAAAGCUCUCUAGAUUCUCAUGGUCAGUCACAGCCAGAGAAACGGGAUGUCAUUUUCUUUUCCUACCUAUCUGGUGUGUGUGUGGUGCUUCACUUCAAAUUUUCUUGGUGCUAAGUGUGUCCUUGGCAUGGCCAGAGUCUUAGUGACAGACCCGGACAACGGCCGGGGGGAAUGACAGGUUUCUAUUUUGCUCUUUGGAUAUACUCUUUUUUUUUUUAAGGGCCAAGUGACAAAAGUACCACUGGAGAGUCUCUCUAUGUGGGGAAGGGGGGAAUGCUCCCUGGGGCUUAGGAGCCACCCCCUGGGGGCCUGGGAGGGAGGAGGGGUAAGCCAGGAGAUGGCAGUACCCCCUGCCCCCUGCAGCAGUACCCUGAGAGACUGCUGUGGCCUCCCCCACUUCCUGAGGGGAUUCAGGGCUUAGGUUUUUAUAGAUUAAAGAGCCAAGAAACGGCUGCAUUCUGAUGGAGCGUGAUUUAUAAGCAGGGGAUGUUAGGGGAGGGGGAGGCGGACCUUUUAAAUGAAAUGUCCAAUUCCCCUGCUCCCCAAACACACAUAGGAUAAGCUACUGUUUUCAGAAGUUUCUAGAAGGGCUAAUAUAAAUAUACAUAUAAAUACAUAUAUAUAUGUAAAAUGAAGCUGUGCGCCUGACUGAUAUUUGGCUGCAAAGGCUUACUGCUUCAGAAGUGAUGAUUUAAUUUUUGCUUUCAUUAAAAAAAUUUUUUUUUUCCAACAGAAACAGGUAUUAUUCCUCUGCACGGAUACUUUAUUACCUCCGUGGCAGUCUUCGUGGCUGAGAUGGUGAGGGAGCCUGCUGUGGGCUCAGUGAGACAGUUAGUCUGAGUUUUGAUUUUUUUUUUCCCCCUUUUUAAAUUUCGGAGACAAGGUCUGGCCCUGGAGCCCAGGCUGACCUCCGCCCUUGAGCCUCGUGUCUUGACAUCUGGCAUUUGGGACACUGCUUGCCAGGGGACAGUCACUUUCCCCUGGCUGGAUCUGCAGGUCACUUGUCUGGUGCCUGGGGAUCAGGGGGUCUGCUAGGAAGCAUUAGUUAUUAGGGUGCACAGGGCUACAAGGGAAAUGGUCCCGCCAACUAUGCCGAGCGUGACCAGGUCCUAAAGGCGCACUCUCCCAGUUUGUUCCCCCCCACCCUUCUCCAUAUUGAAUCCAUGCCUUAUAUUUCUCUAAAUAACCUAUUAAAGAAAACGCAACUGAGAACUCAAUGCCCUCCCCACCCCACCCCACCCCCCCUUUAGCUGCCAGAACUGAACUCGGCAAAGGAAAAUAAAUAGCUUAUUUGGCAGGGAGGCAGCAGGCAGCAGGCCCGUGCCCUCGCCAAGCCGGAAUGACAUAGAAUGAUCUGGAAAACACUCUCUGUUUGUAUUUAGUCCCUUUCCUAGCAAGGAACAGAGCCCUUGCAAAGCACUGUAUUUCCAGGGAAGGUGCUUGCUAUGGUGGAAAUCACAGAAUGUCAGCCCCUUUAAAGAGAUAUUGUCAAGAUGGCAGCGGGGACAUGCUGACCCCGGAGAAACCCAGCGCGAGGGUGAGAGGUCAGAGAAUACCUCCCUUUUUGUGUUUUGUUUUUGAGCCUGACAUUGCGGACGAUAUCUCCCUGGAGGAUGUGAACUCCAAACACAGGGGUUGGCCUAUCCGGUGGUUUUCAUUUCAAUGAAGCUGUGUUGCUGAGAGAACCCGGGCACCCAUGACCUCCCGAUGGAGCUUUUCAGCCAAGUCCUCUGUAAAUACUCCCCUGUAGAAAUGGAAACCACAUAUUUAUCGGAUCUGGGGGGUGGGGUGGGGAGGCUUGGCUCCCACGCCGCCCGCCGCCGCCUUUCAUUUGAGGGCGCUUCUUCUCCACUGCCCCGAAUUUGAUGGGGGUUGUUUUUAAGUGCUGUUUUUAUAUGAGGUUUGACUUCUUGAUGGACAUUUGUAUUAGGAUACUGAAGCAUGCUAGCUGUGUCUCUCUCGUCUCCACUGUCUCUGAUGUGGUGUUACUUGGACUGCAUGAGAUAGGGGGAUGGGCUUUCUGUUGACGGUGUUACUACAAAAAGAAAAAAAAAAAAACAGAACAAAAAAAAAAACCCAAAACUUCCACAGUGUGUGAAGUGCUGGCACCAUCCCUCCCUUUAUCCCCUGCUUCCCCUGGCUGCCAAGGAGCAUUGAUUUUGAUUUGCCUCUCCACAGAGUCUGUGAAGAGGGAAAGAGAGGGAGAGAGGCUUUGAAAUAAAUUUUAAAAAGACCUCAUGCUGGGUUUCAGCAGUGUGUGUGUGUGUGUGUGUGUGUGUGUGUGUGUGUGUGUGUGUGUGGUAUGUGUCCAUGCAAAGCCUAGGAGGCCUCUGAGAUCAUUGCUAGGGAGCUGGCUGUGUGAGGAGAUGAGGCGCUAUCUGCCACCUGGGUCCAAAAGCCGCUGCCUGCUCUCUGAGGGUGAGGGCCCUGGAGUCUGUGCGACUAAAGCCUUCCGGAGCAGGUCCACUCCCUUCUGGAAGCUCCUCUCCUUUACCUCAUCCUCAACAAGCAAGAGCUCUGUUCAAGUUUGGGGUUCCAUCUCCCUUGGCCUAGAUGGAGUCUUGAGUCAGAGUUCUUUAGGAGAGCGCUGUAAGGGCAGUGUCCUGGGCCAGGAGGGCACCCCCCAGCCCCCGAACACUUCCUGUCACCAUUCCCCCAGCAUCGUCGUGGUUGGUCAUACCUCUUCCUCAGCUCUGUGGAUAGCCUUGUUCUGUUUCUACUGUGUUGAGGGAUGGUGACUUAAACAUACUGUCACAGGAUAAAGAGGACGUGAAUGCCUCGAUGCCACAUCACACAGCUGAGCUCAUGUCUCGUGUGCACCUGACUCUAUGGUCAUGUCUCUGAAAUGGACCACGUGUCCCUUUCCUCACCGAGAACUGAGGGAGGAAGCACCCUGCAUGCAUACCUUUGGGAGACGCUGAGUCACUACCGUGGACUAUUUAUGUUUGUUGUUACCGGUUUUUUGAGACAUGGAGCCCAGACUGGUCUUGAACUCACUAUACAGCAGAGGUUAACCCUAUACUCCUGAUCCUCCUGCCUCUGCCUCUGCCUCUGCCUCCUGAUUACAGGUGUGGGCCACCGUACCUGGCUUGUGCUGCAGACUGUUUGAAUGUCCAGAGUGAACGGUUAGAAGCCGCAGUGACCGCAACCCAGGUUCUCUUCUGGGUUCAUACUAUUUUCUUUUCUGAGCCUGAAGUCAAAUUGGGGGAAACCAGGGGGUCAGAAGUCAGUGGAGGAUUUGGGGAGGCAGGGGUGGAGGGAAAGCAGAUUAUUCCCACUCGAGCUGAUCAGAAGCCCCACAAAGAGGGCACACUGACAUCACACUGUCUUUUGAAAGCGUUAGCCAAAAGUUUAUCUUUUUAAACAUUUUAAUCCAUUCAGUUGACACCUGUUUAUUGAGCAGCUACAGCGUGCCAGCCGGAGACCUCCAACUCGGGACAAAUUUAGUUAUGGUACAGCAACAGUCCUCUUGGAGACCAGAUGCCGUGAAAUGUCCCUUUUCAGUCUGGCUCAUAAUUUAUGACAGAUCUGCCAGGUCACCAUUGUGACCCCACGCCUUGCUGGCAGAUUGCUAUAUAGUAUUUUUCUGCAUGCCACGCUCUGGGCUGAAUGCAAUUAAAAAGCUUGCUAUGCUGUCUCCUCAGCGGGAAGAUGGGUCCUUUUGUACAAUAAUCAAAGACCCCUUCACAGAGCGAGUACCGCCGCUGCCGAGCGCUGCACGAGGUGCUUGCCAAGGCUUUUCCUGAGAGAUUCCUGCCCAAGUGCUAGUACCAUUGAUCCCAUUUUACAGGUGAGGAAGCCGGAGGCAGCCGACGGCGAGGUGGCUGAGCCAAGGUUUGCAUUUGAGUCUGUGUGAUCCCCCAAGCCAGUGAGGUACCUGUAUUGUAUUAUAUCAAGGGGCUCUGAUGUUGCUCAUUUAAAAGCAAGCAUUGUGUUUGGUAGCAAGGUUUUCUAGCUCGAGGGCAGAUGGGCAAGGACACACCUGCAGGCCACCGUGGAGUGUCUCGUAAGCUCAAUGGGAAGAACACCUUAUUUGGGGACACUUGAGAACAGGAUGGAUGACUUCAGGGGUUGCCCUCAGUUUCAAUAAACUCCCGGGGGCGUAAGGGCUUGUCUAAGGUGCAAACGGCCUGUCCCACUCACUUCCUAGGCUGUGGGAUGUUUUUCUUACCCUCUCUCAUCUGUCUUCUCCCCCGAACCCCAGACCCCCCGAGGUCUUUGCACUAGAAGAGUCAAGGAGCCCAUAUACACGGCAGAGGUGGCUGUGAGGGCAUUUGGAGCCUGGGGGAGAGGCAGUUAACUUGGGGGACAUUCUGUCUGGGUCCCGACCUUGUUGCCUUGUGCUCUUUUGUAAGGGGGAUUUCCUACCUGGACGCUUUGUACAUAUUUGUUACACUUUUAUUAAAAAAAUUGAUUGUGCACCUCUCA